GAAAACUUUAGCAUUAAAAAAUACUAUAACAUGUAAUUAUUGAAAACAUAUUGGAAAAAAUGGACGUCUAAAAAGUCUUCGUGUAAAUUGCGACUUUAUUUUAAUUUGGCGCCUGAUCACAACAGAACAAAUCUCUAUUUAAAAAUGCCACAGGAAGUUCGUGUUUUGCAGUGUUUUAGUUGCAAGAUAUUCCAGGUUGACAUUGUUAAAAAAACCUCAAAGUGGCAAUGUCGAGUUUGCAACAUAAAGCAAACAGUUAGAAAGGAAUGUUUUCGAGGUACUGCAAAGGAAUGUCGUACUAAGGUGCAGCAAUUAAAUAUGACAAAAGGUCAAAAAUACAAUGAAUCAGUUAACAGUAUUUUGGAGGUAUUGGAAGCAGCAACUGAUGGCAGUUUGUUAAAAAAUGAAGAUGUUCUCGAUGGCACAUACAAUAACGCUGCUAUUGAUCAAGAUCAAAAAUUAUCAACAAAUGACAUUUCACAUAAAACUAGCGGUGAAACCAAAAAAUAUUGUCGCGGUAUUAUUAAGGCCGAGAAACAGAAACGUGAUCAAGCAGUCAACAGCAAUAUGGAGGUGCUGGAAGCAGAAAAUGAUAAUGAUGUUAACUUGUGUCAUACAAGCAAUUGUUUUGCCAAUAAUGAAAAACACAGCUUAUCAAAAGAGGACUUUUCAUCUACAUCUAGUAAUGAAAAUAAUGUAAUGUUCGACUUCUCGCAAUCCAAAAAAUGGACAUCUCGUUCUGAAACAGUCCAAAAUGCAAAGAAAUCGAAGUGGGAUAAUUAUGUAUAAAAUUAAUAAAAUAGAAAAACUAAUAUUAAAAGAUAAUAGAUAAUCUUUCACAAUAUUGCAUCAACGUUGUAGACUUUAAGGUAAACUGGCUACACCUGAUAAAAAAUACAAAAACAAGUAAUUUAUAGAAUUUCGAUUCAUUUAAUUAUU